AUGAAGGUUUUAUCGCUUCUCUCGAUUGUCGGUCUAAACUCCGCGACAGCUCUUGCAGCCAAAGCUGGAAGCGGUUGCAAUGUCGAAGGAAAUCUGUUCAACCUGGAGGUGUUCACGCCUGCAGUUCCCACCGCAGAUCAAAUCCAGAUCAGCCAAUGGGGAGACCUAGGUAACUCAAUCGCCCGGUUGAGUGACGACCAGAACCAGCAAACAGCCGUCUUCUACAUCAACAAAGAUAACAACCGACUCAUCGUCCUCGAUGGGUACAAUUUCCUCAACCCGUCCAACGCCUACACAGACAGUCCAAACGGUGGCGAGUUGAAAUUUACCUUUUAUAACGACACCUCCAGACCGACCCCCUACUACUGGCCCGCCUUCGAUAUCAAUUCGGCUGGCAAUUUGACAGUCAAUGGCUCAAGCAAGGCUUUCAGCGUUUGCAAUUCCAAGAAUUCCACCCAGGGAGCAAUCCACAUCGGAUCAACCGCUGGCAAGAACUGCACAGCUCUCGAUGGACUUAUCAUAUAUCCCCUCACUUCCCAGCUCGGCUCUGAAUAG